AUGGAAUAUGACGUUACAGAGCUGGAACGAGCUCAGCAGCUUCUCAUUGUUACUUCGUUGCUUAGAUUUGCAGAUUCAAAAGUGCCCCAAGAAGAAGUUGAUGCUUUACAAGAGAUAACUGCCGCUAUGGGUGUGACACAUUGGAAAUUUGAUGGUGAGUCCUGUGAAGUUAAAAUGGUUGGGGUAACACUAGUGCCACCGAAGAAUGCAGAGCAUGACAUCUCUUGUGAAUGUGAGACAAACAGUGAUGUUUGCCAUGUCGUAAGAAUAGUGCUCAAGGGUUAUAAUCUUCCUGGAACACUUCCUCCUCAACUGGUUAAGCUUCCUUACCUUCGAGAAAUUGAUUUUGCUUACAACUACCUACAUGGCACAAUUCCAACAGAAUGGGCUUCCAUGAAGUUGACUUCGAUGUGCCUUGAAGCAAAUCAAUUCUCUGGUGCUGUACCACCUGAAAUAGGGAAUUUAGUGAAUUUGAAAACAUUGAUACUCUCCUCCAAUCAAUUAACUGGGUAUUUGCCAGUUAGCCUUGGUUUGCUUAGAAAUCUAUCUGAUCUGAUAAAUGAUAACAACUUCAAUGGAAGCAUACCUAGUUUCGUACAGAAAUGGGAGCAACUCAGCCGACUAGAAAUGCAAUCAAGUGGACUUGAGGGACCAAUACCAACAACCGUAUCUCUUUUGAAUAAUUUGGUUGACCUGAGGAUUAGUGAUUUUAAUGGGCCCAUUCAGGGUUUUCCUACAGUCAGAAACAUGACAGGCAUAGUGAGAUUGGUUUUGAGAAAUUGUAACAUUUCUGGAGAGAUCCCAGCUUACAUUUGGACAAUGAAGGAUCUGGAAAUGUUGGAUGUCAGUUUUAACAAGUUAGUUGGGAAAAUUCCAGCCAGCAUAAGUGCAAACCGUCUACGGUUUAUCUUUUUGAGUGGCAACAUGCUAAGUGGAGAUGUGCCAGAUUCAAUCUUGAGGCAGGGGGCCAGCAUAGAUCUUUCGUACAAUAACUUCACCUGGCAAGGUCCUGAGAAACCUGUUUGUCAGGAGAACAUGUGGGGAGCUCUUUCAUGCAAGAAGGAUUUCACCUGUCCUCAAUAUUCAAAUUGUUUACAUGUUAAUUGUGGUGGAAAGGACACAAGGAUCAAGGAAAACCAAAUAAACUUAUUAUAUGAAGGAGAUGGUGAUGUUGAAGGUGGUGCAGCAAAGUAUUUUAUUAGAGAUGAUGCUUAUUGGGGAUUUAGUAGCACGGGAGACUUCAUGGAUGACAAUGAUUUCCAAAAUACACGUUACACUGUAUCAAGACCAUUAAACAUCUCAGAACUGUACAGAACAGCCCGCAUAGCUCCAAUAUCACUCACUUAUUUCCAUUAUUGCUUAGAGAAUGGAAAUUAUACCAUAACUUUCAAUUUUGCAGAGAUAGAGUUUACUAAUGAUGAAACAUAUAGCAGCCUUGGUAGGCGCAUAUUUGACAUUUAUGUUCAGGAAAACUUAUUGUGGAAGGACUUUAAUAUUGAAUCAGAGGCAAGGAGUGCUCAAAAGCCUUUAAUAAAACAAGUUUAUAAUGUCAGUGUGACAAAUAAUUUCUUGGAGAUUCGGUUCUAUUGGGCUGGGAGAGGAACAACAAGAAUUCCUGAAAGAAGUGUCUAUGGGCCACUUGUAUCAGCAAUAUCUGUGGUUUCUGAUUUCAAGCAAUGCCCUAAUGGAAGAAACAGUGGAACCGCUUACAUGGUUCUUGGGGUUGUAGGAUCAUGCCUUCUCUUCUUCAUACUGGGUGUUCUGGGAAUUCUUUGGUGGAAAGGCUGUUUGCUUGGAAAAUGUUGGAGGAAAGAAGGCACAGAUAUCAAAGGGGACAUGCCAUCAGGGACUUUUACUUUGAAACAGAUUAAAGUUGCCACUGAUGACUUUGAUCCUGCUAACAAGAUUGGAGAAGGAGGUUUUGGUCCUGUAUACAAGGGUCAGUUACCUGAUGGUACCAAGAUUGCAGUAAAACAGCUCUCCUCUAAAUCACGGCAAGGGAAUCGUGAAUUUCUAAAUGAGAUUGGGAUGAUAUCUUGCUUGCAACACCCUAAUCUCGUUAAACUUCAUGGAUUUUGUGUUGAAGGGGAUCAAUUGCUAUUGGUUUAUGAGUACAUGGAAAACAAUAGCCUUGCCCGUGCUUUGUUUGGUCCAGAACACAAUCGGCUCGAACUGGACUGGGCUACAAGGCUUAAGAUCUGUAUUGGUAUAGCUAGAGGUCUUGCUUUUCUGCAUGAAGAAUCUAGACUCAAGAUUGUUCACAGAGACAUUAAAGCUACUAAUGUGCUUCUGGACAGUGACUUAAACCCGAAAAUAUCUGACUUUGGAUUGGCUAGGCUCGAUGAAGAGGAGAAGACUCACAUCACUACCCGAAUCGCUGGAACCAUAGGAUAUAUGGCACCAGAAUAUGCAUUAUGGGGCCACUUGACAUACAAAGCAGAUGUUUACAGUUUUGGAGUGGUGGCAUGCCAUCUGCAUCAAGCUGGAAACUUGGUAGCACUUCUCAAUGAGAGAUUAAGGUCUGAAGUCAAGAAAGAAGAGCUGGAACUUAUGGUUAAAGUAGCUCUAUUGUGCACAAAUGUAUCAGCAUCACUUAGGCCUACCAUGUCUGAAGUGGUAAGCAUGCUUGAAGGGAAAAUGACUGUUCCUGACAUGAUACCAGAACCAGGCACAUAUACCGAAGAUUUAAGAUUUAAGGCCAUGAGAGAUCUAUGUCGACAGAAAGAAGAUCAAAGUUCCAGUGGAAGCCAAACCCAAACUUCAACUGUCCAUAACUUCUCUUCAUCUACAUGGUUAGUAGCAUCCAAGUCUAUAACUCACCUUGUUGCGUACCAGAGAGAUAGCAAAGCAAAGCUGAGGGAAAGCAUGGGAGGAGUUGCCAAUGGUGUUUCAACAAUGAAGCUUCUUGGCUGCCUGAUUCUUACAGUCUUGAUGCUGGUUUGCAUGGAACCAAAUUACAAAGUUGAAGCUCAGGUGGAACCACCUUCUCCUCCAGAUAAUGAAGCACAAGCUCUUCAUGAGAUAGCCGCAGAGCUUGGAAAGAAGGAUUGGAAUUUCAGUGAGAACCCUUGCAACAAUAAGUCAAGCUGGUUUACUCCGCCGCCACUGCCAAAUAUGCCGAAAGCUAUUAACAAUAGUACUGUCACCUGCAAUUGCUCCUUCCCCAAUGGUGAAUGUCAUAUUGAUGGCAUCUAUCUUACUGGGCAGGAUCUUGAUGGUGUUCUUCCACGCUCACUUGUCAAGCUACCAUAUAUAAAGACAAUACAACUUUAUCUGAACUAUCUUAAGGGUACAAUACCGCGUGAAUGGACUGCUUUGAAGUUGGAGUUUCUGUCUGUUUCUAUGAACCACUUAUCAGGGCCAAUUCCAAGCUAUUUGGGAAACAUGACCAGCCUGAAAUAUCUGACGCUCGAGAACAACCUGUUUUCUGGAACUAUUCCUCCAGAGCUGGGGAACUUGGUUAACCUGGAAAACCUUACUCUUAAUGCUAACUUUCUCACAGGAGAGAUUCCCUUCACCCUUACUAAGCUGUCCAAUAUAAAAGAACUGAGGAUUAGUGGUAACAACUUCACUGGAAAAAUACCCAACUCUUUCCAUCGUUGGAAGCAACUUGAGAAAUUAGAGAUUCAAGCUAGUGGGUUGGAAGGGCCAAUUCCUUCAAGCUUAUCCGUCUUGCAUAAUUUGACUGAACUGAGGAUCAGUGACUUACCUGGAGAAGGUUCAAAGUUUCCGAACUUAGAAAAUAUGAAAAAUAUGUAUAGAUUGAUGCUGCGUAGCUGCAAUAUAUCUGGACAAAUCCCAGAUUACUUAUGGGAAUUUUCAAAAAUGCAAAUUUUAGAUCUCAGCUUCAACAAAUUGGAAGGUAACAUUUUAGAUUCUGAAAGCCUUACCAAAACACAAUACAUGUAUCUGACAAGCAACUCGCUUACUGGGCCCAUUCCAGAAUGGAUAAAUGCCAGAGAUAGCCGCUUCCAGAUAGAUCUUUCUUACAAUAAUUUUUCUGAAAGCUCUGAGCCAGCUUCUUGUAGGGAAAAUCUAAAUUUGUUCAAAAGCUUUUCAGGGAGCAAAAACUCUGGACAGGAUGACUGCCUGAAGCACUUUCCUUGUUCAAAAGAUUGGUAUUCAGUAUAUAUUAAUUGUGGUGGAGGGGCAACCACCAUUAAUGGCAUCAACUAUGAAGCAGAUGAAGAUGCAGGAGGCCCAGCAAAAUAUUUUCCUCUCAAAGAGACUUGGGAAACCAGUAGCACUGGGCUUUUCUGGGAUACCUCCGUUACUUCAAAGGACUACAUAGCACAAAAUGUUUCCAUUCUGAAAAUAAACAACUCCGAACUAUACACACGAGCACGCCUCUCUCCACUUUCUCUCACAUAUUAUUUUCGUUGCUUAGCAAAUGGAAGUUAUACAGUUACGCUUCACUUUGCGGAGAUAGUUAUCAGAGACAACAGAUCCUUUCAUAGUCUUGGAAGAAGGAUUUUUGAUGUUUAUGUCCAGGAGAAACUUGUGUUGAAGGAUUUCAACAUCAAAAGUGAGGCAAAGGGUGUAGAUAAAGCAGUUAUUAGGACUUUUAAAACUUCCGUCGGCAACAAAACUUUGACAAUUCGUUUUCAUUGGGCUGGAAAGGGGACAACUGCUACCCCUAGAAGAGGAACAUAUGGUCCUCUGAUAUCAGCAAUCUCAGUAGACUCAGAUUUUAAGCCUCCAGCUCCUCAUGUUGCAAAUACGAAGAUGAAGUUUCUAGUGGGAGCUGUUGUUUCUGUUCCUUGCUUGAUUUUGAUAAUUCUAGGCAUACUAUGGUGGAAAGGCUACUUUAGACGUGAGAUGUCAAGGGAACAAGUCCUGAGGGGGUUAGAUCUGCAGACCGGCUUUUUUACCUAUAGACAAAUGAAAGCUGCCACUAACAAUUUUGACGCUGCAAAUAAAAUUGGAGAAGGUGGUUUUGGAUCUGUCUACAAGGGUGAACUACUAGAUGGCACCAUAAUUGCAAUUAAAAAACUUUCUUCAAAAUCAAAGCAAGGGGAUCGUGAAUUUCUGAAUGAACUAGGCAUGAUUUCUGGAUUACAACACCCGAAUCUUGUCAGGCUGUAUGGAUGUUGCGUUGAGGGAACUCAGUUACUGUUGGUAUAUGAGUACAUGGAAAAUAAUAGCCUUUCACGUGCUUUAUUUGGUCCUAAAGAAAGCCAGUUGCAUUUGGACUGGCCUACUAGGCAGAAUAUUUGUCUUGGGAUAGCAAAAGGUCUGGCUUUCCUGCACGAGGAAUCGAGUUUAAAAAUCGUUCAUAGAGACAUCAAAACUACCAACGUGCUACUUGAUAAGGAUCUCAAUGCUAAAAUCUCCGACUUUGGUUUGGCCAAGUUUGAUGAGGAAGAAAACACCCAUAUCAGCACCCGAAUUGCUGGGACUAUAGGAUACAUGGCACCAGAAUAUGCACUAUGGGGCUAUUUGACAUUCAAAGCAGAUGUUUAUAGUUUUGGAAUUGUUGCAUUAGAAAUCGUUGCCGGUAAGAACAAUACCAAAUAUCGACCCGAGGAAGAUUAUGUAUGCCUUCAAGAUUGGGCUCUGGUUUUACAACAGAAGGGAAAUUUAAUGGAGUUAGUGGAUCCAAGGUUGGGAACAGAGUACAACGAAGAAGAGGCAAUGAGAAUGAUAAAAGUAGCUUUGUUGUGCACUAAUUCGUCGCCAGCACUUAGACCAGUCAUGUCUGAAAUAGUAAACAUGCUUGAAGGUCGAAUCCAUGUGCCUGAACUAAUCAUGGAUCCAAGCAUUUUUCGUGAUGACUCGAGAUUUGGAGCCCUACGAGACCAGCUCAACCAAAUGCAAUCUGGAAAGGGUAGAGAAACUAAUACGUUUAGUACUCAAACAUCAGAGUCAAGUUCAACUUCAACAGCACGGCUUGAUUCACAAUCCAUAAAUCGUUAUCAAUAUAGUGACUCAGGACCGUGGAUGAUUGUGCCUAAGAGGAAACAUAAGUCAAGGGGCAGAUCUAGAAGAAGAAGAUCCAAAGGAAGGAAUGACAGUGCUGGUACGGCCAGGAAUCGAUCGGUGUCGCAGCGAAAAGGGAAGGAAAUUCAGGUUUGGCGGCAGAAAGGAACUGGUUCAAAUUUUGAACAAAAUUCUGAGGGGGGAAAUUUUGGGGAUCGGUUUUUGUGCUUAGGGCCUUCGCACAAUGUUGGGCCUUCGGGUACUAAGGAUGACCUGGCCCAGUCUCCCUUGGACUUGGAAAAUGUCUCUGAAGGGCCUCUUUUGGAUGACGGGUACUUGGGUUUAUUGAAAGAUCCGAUUGAUGUUUUUGUUUCUAAUGAUUUGGGGCUUAGGGUUUCCUCUCCAGUUUCUGCGAUUGAGAUUGUCCCCAGUCUUAAGCAUUUAACUUCCACACUAGCUCAUACUCAAGUUGAUUCAGUUGAAGCGGAAGAUGCAGAGAGAACUCCUGAAGCGACGCGAAACCUGGUGGAGACCGACGCAAAUGUUGGAAGCAAGCAAGUUAUUGCUGUGGAAUCCCAACUCGCGAUCUCGCCCUUCGAUAGGAGCAAAUCUCUUUCUGAUGUUAAUUUGGAUCACUCCGACGACAUAAAUGAAUCGUUGCGAAGUUGUGGAGGGCGGGUCCAAGAAGUGAAUGCAGCUGUUGACUCACAAGAUAUUGCCUCUCCAUUUCCCGACGCUGGAAGGAAUUAUGUUAUUGAGUCAGAAACUAGAAACCUAACAGAGACAACGAAUCAAGCUCUCCAUACUGAUUUUAUUGAAGUCUCCACCACCGGAAGCCAGGGAAGUGCUGAUUCUUCCCUUCGGGAUUCUAAUGACUCUGGGAAACUUACUGUUUGCAAUUCUGGCAGAGGUGUAGGGAAUGGAAAUGUUCGUCUUCGCAAGAUUCUGCGCAAAGCCAGAAAGAAGAACAUUCAAGCACCGGCUGCCGUUUCAACCAGAGCUUUGAGAAGAGCAAUAUUUGCUGGAGAGAUUCAACUGGCUAAGAUCAUUACUGAGCCUAGGAUCUCGGGUUUGCGUGGUGAAUCUGUUAGGAAUUCUUUGGGCUUCGAUGGUGUUGAGUUUGUUGAUCCUAUUGGAUUUUCUGGUGGUAUUUGGGUCCUGUGGGAUUCUAGAGAGUUUGAUGCGACAAUGAGGAGUAGGACUCAGCAGGAGAUAACCAUGGACUUCAAGGUUAGAUCUUCUAAUUUUAUCUUUGCUGUUUCUGCGGUCUAUGCUAACCCUGAUCAUGAUAGUAGAGCAUUGCUUUGGGAUUAUCUGUCUCUUCUUAAUAGUAACUUAAAUCACCCUUGGCUAUGGAUUGGGGACUUCAAUGAACCCCUUCGCUCUAGUGAUAAAUUUGGUGGUAGAAGCAUUAAUAUUGCUAGGUCAGCUCUUUUGAAUGAUUGCAUUAAUUCAUGUGGUAUGAUUGAUGUGGGGUUUGUCGGCCCUAAAUUUACUUGGUCUAACUCUCAGCCUUUGAACACCCUUAUUCAAGAAAGAAUUGAUAGAGCAUGGGUUAAUCAUAGUUGGCUUGAUGUGUUUCCAAAUUCCAUUGUGUUCCAUUUGGUUAAAACAUGUUCUGAUCAUUGCCCUUUUUUGUUUGCUACCGAGGUCAAAAAUCCUGUUUUGCUUGAUAAACCCUUUCGGUUUCAACCCAUGUGGCUUUUUGAACCAUCCUUUUUUGAUGUUGUUAAGCGUACUUGGGAUGCACAUCCCUUUUGUUUUGAUGCUGCUGUCCUUGAAUUUACCUUUCUUAUUAAGGAUUGGAACAAAACUGUUUUUGGUAAUGUUUUUCACAAUAAGAAAAGGAUUCAAGCUAGGCUUCUUGGUAUUCAAAAAGAAAUUUCUGUUAAGCCUUCUCAUUUUUUGUUAGACCUUGAUAGAGAACUUAGACUUGAGUUGGCUAAUCUGAUUAGAAAGGAAGAAACUCUUUGGGCCAUGAAGUCAAGAAUUGACUGGUUGUUGGAAGGGGAUAACAAUACUAGCUUCUUUCAUAAGUCCACUAUUGUUAGGAGGAGAUUCAAUAGAAUUGUUGCUCUUAAGGAUGAUAACAAUAAUUGGCUUUAUGAUGAGAAUUGCAAGAAUCAUGUUGUUGAGUUUUUUAAGAGUCUUUAUUCAACUGAAGUUUCUAGUUGUUGUCUUGUUCCCUAUGAUGCUCCGCCUGGUAUUAGGAAGGUUAGUGCUGAGUCCCUGGAUCGCUUAGUCUGUAUUCCUUUUUGUGAUGAUAUCAAAGAUGCCCUUUGGAGUCUUAAACCCUUUAAAGCGCCGGGACCUGAUGGUCUUCAUGCGGGGUUCUUUCAGAAGUGUUGGAGUGAUGUUGGGAAUAAUUUGUGUGUUGCUAUUAAACAUGUGUUCAAUGUUCGCAGAAUUUUUGACAAUUGGAAGCAAUUUUUGAUUUGCCUUGUCCCUAAAACUCUUAGUGCUGACAACAUUAGGCUUUUUAGACCUAUUAGCCUUGGUAACACUUGCUACAAAGUUGUAACUAAGAUUUUAGCUAAUAGGCUUAAAAAUUGUCUCAAGGAAUUGAUUAACCCGGUUCAAGGGGCCUUCUUGCCUGGGAGAAGAGCUUCUGAUAAUAUCAUCAUUGUUCAAGAAGCUCUUAAUUCUGCUUAUUAUAGCCAGGCAAAGGAUGGGUGGGUUUGUAUCAAAAUUGAUCUUGAGAAAGCCUUUGAUAGGCUUGAAUGGGGUUUUAUUAGGGAGAUGCUCUUUUUCUUUGGUUUUCCUGAACCUUUUAUUGCUCUUAUCAUUUCUUGCAUUUCUAAUCCUAAUCUCUCUGUGCUCAUUAAUGGAACCACUUCUGAAUCUUUUGUUGCUUCUAGGGGCAUUAGACAGGGGGAUCCUAUAUCCCCCUAUCUUUUUAUUUUGAGCAUGGAAUAUCUCUCUCUCAUGAUUGAGAAUGAGGUUAAUUCCCAUAAUUGGAACCCCAUCCUUGUUGGGAGAGGGGGACCUAGGAUUUCACAUGUUCUUUUUGCCGAUGACAUUAUGUUGUUUGCUAAAGCUAAUAUUGCUAACUGUGAUGCUAUUUCUAGGACCCUGCAUGAAUUUUGCAUUAGGUCUGGUCAGAAAGUGAAUGCUAGUAAAACCAAAUUGUGGUGCUCUCUUAAAGUCUCUGAGGAUAAUAUGAACCUUUUUAUUAAUAGACUUGGGUUUAGGAAAGUUAACAAUCUUGGUGUUUAUCUUGGUCAUCCCACUUUGGUUGCGAAAGCAAAGAAAGGGGACUUUCUACCUGUUAUAGAUAAGAUUAGAAGUAAGUUGUCUGGUUGGAAAGCUCACAAUUUAUCUAUUACAGGUAGAUGCACCCUUAUUCAGUCUGUUUCCUCGGCAAUGGCUGAUUAUUCCAUGAACACUAGUAUGCUCCCGGCCUCUAUUCAUGUUGAAAUUGAUAGACUUCAUAGAAAUUUCCUGUGGGGUGAGUCUGAUGAGUGUAAGAAAAUUCAUUUAGUGAAUUGGGAUCAAGUCACAAAAAAGAAAAGAAGGGGUGGGCUCAAUCUCAGAAAAGCCAAGUUUCGAAAUAUCGCUUUGUUAGCUAAGCUGCAAUGGAGAGCCAAGAAAUCCCCUGAGGACCUUUGGGUUAAGGCCAUUAAUUGCAAAUACAAGGCUCCUAGUUCUACCUCUAAUAGAAAACAUUCCUCUGAUGUUUGGAAAAGCCUGGGUAAGGGUGAUGAUGUUCUUGAGGAUGGAUGUAGGAAAGUUGUUAAAUCUGGGCUUGAUACUAGCUUUUGGUUUGAUAGAUGGCUCUCUAACUGUGAUAGCAAUUUGAGAUCCUUAAUUUCAGGCCCUCUUAAUCGUAAUGAAGAAUUGCUGAGGGUAGCUGAUUGUGUGGAUCAUAAUGGUGGUUGGGAUUUGAGUUUGUCUUCCUUUCUUCUCCCUGAUUGCAUUCUCAAGUUCAUUUUCUCUACUGCUUUGCCCUUUAACAGAAAUCAAAAUGAUUUGAUUGUUUGGAAUUUCUCUUCUGAUGGGUCUUUCAAUUUGAACUCGGCUUAUGAAAUUGCUGCUAGUAUCAUUCAUGAGAAGGAUGACUUUGUGUUUUGGAAAAAAUUAUGGCAUGUUCCUUGUCAUUUUAGAGUCAUGCAUUUUUUGUGGACUGCUGCCCUUGAUAAGCUAUGCACUAGAUCCAUGCUCUAUCAUAGGAAAAUCUCGUUUGACCCUUGUUGUGAUCUUUGUUUGGACACUGAGGAAUCUGUUUUGCAUAUUCUCAGAGAUUGCACCAUUGCUCAUUCUCUUUGGGAUAAAAUCUCUCAUUUACCACAACAUUUUUUUGAUUGUGAUAAUGUUUUUGAUUGGUUUAGGAUUAAUCUUUCUGAUCCUAAUGUAGUUAAUAAUUUGCCUUGGCCUUGCCUAUUUGCUUAUUGUUGUUGGAGUUUGUGGUACUCCAGAAAUGCUAGACUCUUUCAAGGAAAGGCUUUGGACUUUAAUUCUGUUUUUAAUACAUCGUUUGUUAAAGCUUCUGAAUUUUUUCAUCUUGGUGCUGCUAAAACCAAAUUUGUGGCUAGAAAAAUUGUGAAUGUUCAUUGGAUUCCCCCUAGUUAUGGCUGGUUUAAGUUAAACUCGGAUGGAUCUACUUUGGAUAAUCCUGGCUUGUCUGGAUCUGGUGGAUGCAUUAGGAAUGAGUUUGGGGAGUGGAUGUAUGGUUAUGCUAGGAAUAUUGUUCAUGCUACUAGUGUCCAUGCUGAACUGUGGGGCCUCAGAGAUGGGUUGAAGCUGGCUUUGGACAAAGGAAUUUCUUUGUUGGAAGUUUCAAUUGAUGCUAAAGUUGUGAUUACUCUUAUUGAAAAGGCCAAUGCUAAUCUUCAUCCUCUUGGCAAUUUGAUUAUUGAUUGCAGGACACUUAUGAGCCAAUUUCAUAGGCUGAAGUUAUCACACUGCUAUAGGGAAGGCAACAGACUUGCGGAUGCUUUGGCUAAUCUUGGAAGAAAUUCAGGGGAUAACUUCAUUGAUUUUUGA